CAGUUGAUAGCGGUCCUUCGCCGCGUAAUGGUUUGUCCACCGCUGUGGUGCCGAACGUCUAUUAUCAUCGCCGUAACAACAAUAAUAAUAUUAUUACUAUAAUAAUAAUAAUAAUAAUGAUAAUAUAAUUUAAAAAAAAAAAAAAAAUAAAAAAUUUUCAUUUCUCACGCACGCGCAUUUUUCGAACGGUUCGAUAAUAAUAAUAAUUAUUACUAUUAUUAUUAUUAUAAUAUUUUAAUAUCGUCGUAAAACGAUCGCGAGUAAUCUGCACGCCGUCACCCCGUCGAUCGUCGCCGGCCGGUAUUGGUGUGGUGGUCGCUCUCCUCCGCAUAAUAUCGUAAUUUUUAUAUAUUAUUAUUGUUUCGGAAAACAGAAUUUCGUUUUCGGCCCCGCCGCUGGUCUUAUGUAACAAUAAAUAUUAUUUUUUGUAACGAUUAUUAAUCAUAAUAAUAAUAUUAUACGGAUGACACACGUGUUCGAAACGGCGUGGCGCAGUUAUAGUCGAUAAAAAUAUAACACACGACAUAAUAUCCAUUGUAUUAAACUACGGUAAUACCAUCCAAACGCCUACAAUAAUCGCCCCGUGGCGUUCGACCGCGAUUGGCAUACAAAUGUGUCGCUUUACGAUUUUUCGUCCGAUAAUAAUUAUUAAUAACAAUUGUACGUUAUACGCGCACCGCGAAUAACACCGCCGCUCUUUUGGAAUUAUUGGUCUUGACGCGAGCCAAACACGUUAGCUGGCCAUUAUAAUACAUAUAAUUAUUAUUGUUAUUAUUAUUAUUAUUAUAAUGGUAUAUGUAUUUGGAGGACAUUGAUUUUGACCAAGCAGGGGACUCGGCAACUCGGCGCCGGCACAAUUACCAUAAUAAUAAUUGAUUAAUUAAUUGACGACCACGGCCACGGCUUGUGAAACUACACCGGACGUCGAUGAAAUAAAUCCAAAUCAAAUUGUUUUACAUCGAAAGUAUAUUAUAAUAUAUACCUAGGUAUAUUGUCGCCCGCAAACAUGAAGGUAUCACCGCUGUUGCCGCAGACGUCGGCAAAAAAACAAGAAGAUGUUCCACUUCACGACAACUCGGAAGCCACUAACAACUGUUUGAAACGUCGUCGGCUCCAUUCGCAGACGAAUAUUAUAAUCAAUGGUCACUACCGACACAGUAAACACCAGUACCCUAGGCAUGACGACAAAUCGUCAUCUAUGGAUUGUUUCGACACUAUUAGCAACAGCGUUAACGGCAACAGUAACAGUAGUUGUAACAGCAGCAAUAGCGGCGAAGACGCGAGCGAUUGCGACGAUUCGCCGCCGAGGCCCAACAGCCACCCAAAUCAACAAUAUCCAGAAGGAGGGGCGUCCACGCCGUCGCCUGCUCAUAAUCAAAAUAAGAAGGAUGGUUAUCAACAGACUACUGCAGUUGGCAAUAAUAACAGUUGUAGUAAUGGAGGAGAUUGUAUGACACCGGCAAUAAGACAUACUGUACAACAGUUAGCUACCAAUUGUGAUGAUAAAAUCACAUUAUCAUUGUCAACACACUCAGAAAAAAAUAACGACAGUGAAAGCUACAGUAUUACACAUGAACCGAUAUUAUCGUCAAGUUCAAUUAAAAACCUAAAUAAAAAUACAACGAUCAAUGACAAAACUCCGUCUAUAGUAGAUACUGAUUUUGAUGAUCCUAUGGUAACAGCCAAUGAUAUUAAUAGUGAAAAUAGUAAUGACGAUUGUUUGUCUCAAUCGCCUUUGAACUUAACCCGUUCCCAAGGCUCGUCAGAAGAAGGGGGCAACAAGAGUGAAGACGAUGAUGGGGAAUAUGAUGAUGAUAGUGAAGAAAAAAAUGGCAUAGGUAGUUCCAUUAAUGAAAAUGAAAAUAUUGUCAAAACAGAAGUUCCAUUUCCUUGGAAUAUUACCACAGCUAAUAAUAAACAAAAGCAGCAACAUCAGGAUGAUAAAAUCACAGCACCACCGCCUCAACUUCUGUUGACUUCUGGUCAACUUACUACGGGAUGCUUACAAGCAGCCCAAUUACUAAUACCAACAGCUCGAGGUAUUAUGACUCAAACAAUUUUGGCCAUUCCCAUUAACGAUAUGGUAUCUUCUGGAAUCACAACUCCUACUUCAAAUCAACAACAACUUCAGCAACAGUUACUAUAUCACUCAACAAAUAAUGUUCGACAAAAAAGUAUUAAUCGACAACAGCUCAAUCAAAUUUGUCAACCAUCAUUAUCCUUACCACUAAACCGUUAUUUUCAACAACACCAAACUACAACUGAUGAUACGACUACUGCUAGUGGCACUCCUGAAAAUUUUAAUAAUGACAAUAAUAAUUACGACGGUAGUAUGAUUAAUAAUGAUACAGUUACAGCAGAUCAGUAUAACAAUAUUCAACGGCGAAAAUGGCAGUCCCCUGACCUUAAUUGCAAAAAACACAACUUUUUAACACCUCAACAAAAGCUAUUACCUCGUACUAAGAAUGAGGAAAGCAGUGAUUCGAUGAACGUACAACGUUCAAAAGACUCGGCUAUGGUUCAAAUACCAACGGGCUCAAACGGAGAUUGUCGUAUUUAUUCAACCAAUAAUGCUGCUUCAAUUGUUACUGCUGUGACACCAAUGUCACCUACAACACACAGGCGUAAUGAUGGUAGUAAUGGAGGAGGUGUAGAAGCAAUUCAACGUCAAACUGUAUGGCCAACUACAAUUACAACAACCGAUCAACAUAAUGGUGACGAUGAAACAGAAAAUGAAGAAGACAAACAGCAGCCACAUCAACCUUCUCAUGUAAUAUCUCCUGCGCCUCCAACGUCUUCUACCAACAUAAAUACUUUAAAGUCAUUAGCACCUCCAUCUUCACAACUCAAUUGCCACAUAAAACCAUCUAAGGACGAGGACUCGACCUCAGCAGCUGCUGCGGCAGCGGCUGCAUAUAAUCAGCAAAACGCUAUUUGCACAGCACUCGCCACACACAUGCUACGUGCUUCGCAACUCGCCGCUGCACAACAACCAAUAUUUGAGAAUAUGGAAAGUGGCAACUCUGCUAAAAAACCAAGUAAUGUGUACAAUAACAAUAAUAAUAAUAACAUCAAAACAAAUAACAUGAUGGGUGUAGUGAACCCAGCUGUAUUGGAAAAAUGGAUGAUGGAGGAGAGGUAUUAUUAUAAUAAUAACAAUAACAACAACAAAAACAUUACUGGAGGCCACUCACAUCACCACCAGAGGUAUAACGCAGCCGCAGCGGCGGCUGCUGCAGCAGCAGCUGUCGAACUAUUAAGUGGUGGCGUUUCCGCAUCAUCAAGUGGUGGCGGUGGUGACAGCUUAGCGUCAUGCAAAAAACGAAAAAGACGUACUUCGUUUACACCACACGCCCUAGAACUGUUAAAUGGUCAUUUUGAACGCAAUACACAUCCGUCAGGAUCUGAAAUCACUGGACUGGCACACAGAUUGGGCUACGAACGCGAAGUGAUACGCAUUUGGUUUUGCAAUAAACGUCAGGCGUUGAAGAACACUGUUCGCACUAUAAACGGCAGCGGUCCGGCCCAUAUGACUAGCACUAAAUCUCAUAAUAAUACAAGUGGAUACUAA